CAGCAUGUGGAGGAGGAGGUAGAGGAGGAGGAGGAGGAGGAGGGGAAGAGAUAAGUGAUCUAAAGGGGAGACGAUAGGACAAAAAAAAGUGAUGAUGAUGAAUACAUUGGAAAGUUUUUUGGCCCCGGCGAGGGUGUCAGAUUGAAUGGGCUGUGCGCAUGUGCGAAGGUGUCCAAACUGACAAUGCUGGUGAGAUGAAGAUAGUGUUGUUGCUGCUUCUGGGCUCACGGUGGACGACGAGAGGAAUCUACAAGGCGACAAGAUGAGAUCCAAGGCGAGGGCGAGAAAACUGGCCAAAAAUGACAGUGAGCCAGCGGACAGCAUGUACGACACAGAGGCCGACCUCCCAGGCUUGGCGGCAGACGGCAUUUGCGCUGACAGUCCUGAAGACGACGGAGACGACGGCGUCAUCAACAUGUCUCCCCUGCCCUCGCCGACUCCAUCCCAUCCAAACAACAACCACCACCUGCUGCUGCACCCACACAUGUAUAACACCCACCAUCACCUCCACAAUAACAACAGCAGCAGCAAUGACCAGGACUUCACCACGCCCAAGGAAGGCUCGCCCUACGAGGCGCCCGUCUACAUUCCCGACGACAUUCCGAUUCCCGGCGAUCUGGAGCUGCGCGAGUCUUCGGUGCCAGGUGCCGGCUUGGGCGUUUGGGCCAAGACUCGCAUCGGAGCUGGCGAGAGGUUCGGUCUGCACAGCACGGGCAAAAGCAGCUCCUUCGGAUGGGAGAUGAUGAAUGACCAAGAAGAAUCCUCUCCUGACAGCUGCGUCAAAAAGGUGGUGGACGACAUAGGCAACAUCAAGUUUUCUCUGGACACAGGCCCCGACACCCCCGGCAACAGCUGGCUCAAGUAUGUCCGCUCCGCCCCUUCGUUUGAGGAGCAGAACCUAGCCGCCUGCCAUCUCACUGGAGACCAGAUUUAUUACAAAGCAGUCCGCGACAUAGAUGCAGGGGAGGAGCUUUUAGUUUAUAUGAAGGACGGCAUUUUUCCGGAGGGUUCCAUGGCACCCAAUUUACAAGACGAGCAGAUGUACCGCUGUGAAGACUGUGACGAGCUGUUCUCGUCAACACUCGAGUUGCGGCGACACCAGAAAUAUUCCUGUUCCAGUGCGGGCUCCAUAUUUGACAGCCUGAGAGAAGACUUCAAACAGGAGCGGGAGGACAGCGACGAACCCGUCCACGAGUGUAAAGACUGUGAGAAGAUCUUCCCAAAUGAGUACAGUCUGGGACAGCACAUGAUAGUCCACACAGAGGAGCGGGAGUACAAGUGCGACCAGUGUCCCAAAGCUUUCAACUGGAAGUCCAACCUCAUUCGUCACCAGAUGUCACAUGACAGUGGCAAGCGCUUUGAGUGUGAAAAUUGUGAUAAGGUACAGCAUACCCGGCACGUCUUCACAGAUCCCAGCAAUCUACAGCGUCACAUCCGCUCCCAACAUGUGGGGGCGCGAGCUCACACUUGUCCCGAGUGUGGCAAGACCUUUGCCACCUCAUCAGGCCUCAAGCAGCAUAAGCACAUCCACAGCAGUGUCAAACCUUUUAUCUGUGAGGUGUGCCACAAAUCCUACACCCAGUUCUCCAACCUCUGCCGCCACAAGCGCAUGCACGCCGACUGCCGCACUCAGAUUAAGUGUAAGGACUGUGGCCAGUUGUUCAGCACUACCUCCUCCCUAAACAAGCACCGGCGCUUCUGCGAAGGCAAAAACCAUUACGGCUCUCCAACAGGAAUGUUCAAUCCUGGCAUCCCGAUGAGCUCCAGUCCCAUUAUGGCCAAGGCCAAGUCCCACCAUCCUCACCUUCAGGGUCUGAACCAGUCAGGUUUAGGCUUCACCGACUACUUUCCUUCCAGACCUCACCUUCAUGCUGGCUUGCCUUUCUCCCCAGGACCCCAUGGUUUUCCAUCCCUCCCACACGGUUUCCCAGGCAUCUUUCCUCCAUCAUUGUAUCCACGACCACCGCUAUUGCCAGCUAGUCCAGUGAUGAAGACCCCUCUUGCAAACAACACUCAAGAAGUCAAGCUGCCUCAGAGUCCUCUAGAUGGCGCUCCGUUGUCUUUAGUUAGCUCCACAAACAGUAAUGGAGGCAACGGUUUAAGUCUGGCUGAGGACAAAGAUAACGAGAGUAAACUGGAUUUGUCCUCUGGUGGAGAGGUAAAGAAUAAAUCAAAGAUUGCAGACAUUUCAGAUGGCAGUGACCUGGAAGAUGUUAACACCACAAGCGGGACAGAUUUGGACACCACGACUGGUACGGCCUCGGGUGAUGGUUCUGACCUGGAGAGUGAUGCCGAUAGUGAACGUGAGCACAAUGGCAAAAGAAGAAAGCCAUCUGUGGUCCUAUCAAACCAAGAUGGUCACCACUUAGAGGACACAAAAAGUUCAGUGAUGCCAGCUGUGUCUAAUUCAGGGAACCUCUCAAUUGACCGUCCUUUUUUGUCUCCAGUGUCAACACAGCACUCUUUCUUCCCUCCGCCAGAUGAGCAAGCACUCCCACCCACCACCACAAAUGCUAACGCAGCCACCACCGAUUCCAUCAAAGCAAUUGCUUCUAUUGCUGAGAAAUAUUUUGGUCCAGGUUUGAUAGGUCUUCAUCAAGAGAAGAAGAUGGGUCCAUUGCCCUACCACUCCAUGUUUCCCUUUCAGUUCCUACCCAAUUUCCACAACUCCCUGUACCCCUUUACCACUGAUCGAGGUGCCCUCAACUCUGGCCUGUUCUUUAAGGGCGAGCCCAAGUCGCCUCGUGAGCAGCUACAUAAGAUGGUUUCUGGUGCACUUGGAGCUCCUCUUCUCCCUACUGGAGAAUCACCAUUUGAUCUCAGUAGGAAGCCCAAGGAGACCAAGUCAUCUCCUCCUACUCCAACUAACCUCUCAAACCCAAACACUAAUACUGGGAGUAGCAGGGGCUCUUCAUUAAUAUCUAGCGGUGAGGAACAACCAUUAGACCUCAGUAUUAACAACCGAAACCGAGGAGGUCACAAUGGUAUGGCAGCCGAAGCACAGAAUCAAAAGAACCACAUCUAUGGAGUGGGAAAAGGUGUGUCCAUCAAGGAUGAAUCUCUCAGCUUUCCAAUUCCUCACUCCCAGUCACUGCUUCAAUCCCCCAUCACGCCACACCAGCAGCCCCAGCCACACCAACCACCUCCUCUGCACUAUGCCAAACCCUCCGCCUUCUUCAUGGACCCAAUUUACAGCAGGGUGGAGAAGAGGAAGCUACUUGACCCUGUAGGAGCUCUGAAGGAGAAGUUCCUCAGGCCUUCACCACAGCUCUUCCAUCCGCAGAUGUCUGCCAUGGAGAACAUGACAGAAAAACUGGAAAGCUUUGGUGCACUAAAACUGGACAUGCCGCCCAAUUCACUGCAACAUUCAGCUCACCCACUGUUCAACUUCCGCUCACCUCCUCCUUCGCUCUCAGAUGCCAUCCUCCGCAAGGGCAAGGAGCGCUACGCCUGCAGGUACUGUGGGAAAAUCUUCCCCCGCUCGGCAAAUCUCACGAGACACUUGCGAACACACACAGGCGAACAGCCUUACAGGUGUAAAUACUGUGACCGCUCAUUCAGCAUCUCGUCCAACCUGCAACGCCACGUUCGCAACAUCCACAACAAAGAGAAACCCUUCAAGUGUCAUCUUUGCAACCGCUGCUUCGGUCAGCAAACCAACCUCGACCGCCAUCUCAAGAAGCACGAGCACGAGAACAUUCCUGUGAGCCAACAGUCUGGGAUGCUUUCCAACUUAGGAACCACCAUUUCCUCGCCAAACUCCGAGCCUGACAAUCAUGCACUUUUAGAUGAGAAAGAGGACUCGUACUUCUCAGAAAUCCGAAACUUCAUCUCCAACAGUGAGAUGAACCAGGCCUCCAGCUCCACGGAUAAGAGAUCUGAACCGGCCAAUGAGAAGCACCCGAGCGGCCCCAGGUUGUCCGACUCCAAGCUGUCCCUCCAGGGGCUGGAGGAGGAGGAAGAGGAAGCAGAGGGGGAUGAGGAGGAGGAAGAGGAGGGCAGCCUGACAGAAAAGUCUCACGACGAGGCCCCGGAAUCCCCGUCUCCAGUUACAACACAUGUGUAUGAGGAGGAGGAGGACGAGGAGGAGACAACUCCAUUAUCUAUGAGCUAUGAACACUCUCGCAGGUGUUUAGAUGAGGAGGGCUCCCUCCUGGACCUUGAAGGUCUCUCCAGCUUUCCCAAGGGCUUGGAUGGCUUACGUAAAGCAGCCAGUGAUGAGCAACAUUUUGACGUUAAAGACAUAUUUAACACAUCUCUAGAGUCGGAGACCUUGAAAGAGACGUUGUACAGGCAGGCUAAAACCCAGGCUUAUGCAAUGAUGCUGUCUCUCUCCGACAACAACCCUUUGCACACGUCCUCCCAGAACUCUCUGGACGCUUGGCUGGGCAUGGGAGGCGGACCGUCUGAGACGAGCAGCUUUCACCCGCUCAACCACAUCUAGACAAGAGAGAAAGAGAGAGAGAAACAGAGAGGAGGUUAGUGUAGUAGGAGGAGGGAGGAGAAGUACUUUGCAUAGAGACACAAGUGGAGUGGACACAAGUCGGCAUGAACGGAGAAUUCAGUCUCACAUGCAUUCAGUGUGUGUGUGUGCGUGUGUGUGUGUGUGUGUGAGAGAGAGAGAGAGAGAGAGAGAGAGAGCGACAGACAGAUAGAGGGAGGGGGUACACUCUGUAAGAAAGCACUGCUAAGCUCCUGUUGAUGUGAAGGACAUACAUGAUGAAUGCUUCUCGACAGCAUUGAAACUUUGCCGAUGGUCCCCCAAGUGCACUCAUUCUCGUCUGGCCGCAGCAGAGAGCUGACGUGACACUCUAUAGACUCUUAAAUGACUUGUAUGUCACUAAAGGCGCUGUGUGUGAUGUCUGGAAGAAUAAGAAAAAACGCACUGCUGCAUUACGCCUACAUGUCCACAAGGGGUACUGUUUCUCACAAAGUGACACUUUGGGCUCCAGAUGAAACUCCUCACGGAUGAAAUGUGUCACCGACUGCAGAAUCAAUGACAGCACCACACAAGAUGUGAGUGUGGAAAUGAACGAUUAACACACACAAACUGAUGUUUUAAUGUGCACAGCAAAUGGUGAUUUUAGUGUUUAUUUCCCAGCUUGAUUCUGCUGGAAAUUGUUUAAAAUCACAAAUGGAAAUAUAUCAUUUCAUGUCACUCUUAAUAUCAUUUGCUUACUUUCCUCUUAGCUAUCACAGUAUUGUUUUGUUGAAGGCACCACCGUGCUAAAUUAUUAAUAUAAUUAUUUUAGAGAAGGACCAAAAUUGUAUGAUAAUGUCACAUGGUGUACAAAAUAACGUAGAUGUUCAUAGUGAGGGUGACGCGUGCCAAAUAACCCAUAGAAAAUGUUUUGUUCUCUGACAAUCAUUUCAUUUCCAUUUGCUCCAAUAUAUUUGAUUUCAGAUGUGUGUGUGUGUAUGUAUUUAUUUUUUGCUUGUUCACUCAUUCUGUAUGGGGUGGCGAGUGUGAGAAUAAGGAAAAGUCCUUUCUCUUCUUUUUUCCUUUUGUUGCUGAAGGAAUAAACACCGGUGAGAGAUUGAGAAUCUCCAGUUUUGGUGUGCCAUAAUGGAAAGAAUCCAUGAAAUGUUGUUUUUAUUUAUAGUGGAAGAUAGUUGUAGUUUUAGUGGCACUGUAAUGUCCUGCCGUGUUUAGUUUUCCUCUGGCAUCUGUCCCAUUUCACCCGGUAUAAGUAUUAUUAGGGGGGAAGCCUUCACCAUCAAUGUCACAUUGUCACAAAAUGACAUUAUUAUAAUAAUUACACUACCACACAGUAUAUGAGUAGAAUCUGGCAGGAUUCGAUCAUAAUGUGUAAAUGUAGCCCAAAAGGCCUGAACCAUUUGUACAGCCAAAUUGGGGGGUGAGGACUCAUCAAACCAAAAGAAUCCUGUAAAGUACAUUUACCGCUACGAUGGGCAUUAGAAUUCUGCUGGUUGGUCCUUCAUGCAUACAAAUUGUCUUGGAAUCAAUGGUGACCAGACUUUUCUUCUCGUGGCAUCAAACUCAUUCCAUGUAAUCUACAAAGUAGGAGGAGGGCAAGAUUUCUUUUGGAGUGUAGAUAGCUGUAGAUAGACAUCUCAGGAGGGGUUACUCAUAUCCUCCCUGUGUACUGAGAACUUGGCCUGAUGCUGUAUUUUUCAAGCUAGCACUUAAUGAAACCACAUGGGUCCAAGCCAUACUUUGAUCAGGCUUAGGUCUCGACAACUUACAACUCGACGACAAAACGGAAGGAACACUGUACUUUUCUUUGGCUACACGAGGACUGCUGCAUCAUCUCAUUUUGCUAAAGACACAAAUCUCUCUCUUGUUUGAUGAAUCUCUUCAUUACUUAUCUUUAUGAAAUGUAAAGAUGUGGGUCGUCUCUAUGUAGUGAUUCAUGUCAUGUCAUGGACUACUGUAAUAAGAAUGUGCUGUGUAAAGGCAUUGAAGGCAUUGAAGCAUUCCAUUGUGGCCACUUCAGAAAGUAUUCUGGCAGAUGGUCGUCAAGAUAUUAGAACAUGGUUGCUGUUUCCCCCGCUCACUGUUACAUGAGACAAAAAAAAAUAGAUAUUGUUUCUUAUUAAAUGUAUAGUAUUUUAAAGAUGGAAAAACAAUGGUGCAUUUGUCCGAAGGAAGAAAAAAAAUAAUGGGAAAAUAUGGGUUUAAAUGGAUGGUGCUUGUUUUGUUUGGAUCUGAGUUGUAUAUCGCCUAUGUUAUGUUGAUUGAAAACAACACAAAAAAAAAAAAAAAAAAAGAUAUUGUGCAUGACGUGUUUAGCGGUCAUAAUUAUGUCCAUUUGUGAAUUGUGUAUCAAAUCAAAAAAAAGAAGAAAAAAAAUGAAAUCCGUAGACGCACUUAUUGUAAAUGUGGGUAGGUUUAGCAGGUUUGACUUCCAAGUUCUUGACUGCCUUACUCGUAGGGGCAGGUGGCUCUUACAGACAUAAAGGAAGACUUGUGGGAGAAUACUUAAUGAAAAAAACAAUAAAGGAUUGUAGAAUAAUAUUGAACAAUUCUGAAAUUGCAGUUCUUUUGAUGCUUGUGAUCAUUGAAGAUAUACUUUAGAGAAAUUUCAUUGAAAAGACAUGACUGAUGUUAAUUCUGUAGAAUAGCAAUGUAUACCAAAUGUAAUCUUUCCAAUGCUAUGAAGAAUUUAUACAUGAAAUUGAUAUGCAAUAAAACCUGUGUGCUU